UCAGAAAUAUCCUUACUCUGAUGAAUGCUUUUGAUUUGCCAGAAGGCAAUGUAACCCAAGAUAACUUUGAACAAAUGCAGCAGCUAUGUAACAUGACUGAUCCGACAAUUUUUGCAAGCCUGAAGUUUGAAUCCUGUAAUCUGGAAAGUUUCCUGAAUGACGGAGUUGAAGGAACUGGCCUAGCCUUUAUUGUUUUCACUGAAGCUAUUACCAAAAUGCCUGUCUCGCCUUUAUGGUCCAUUCUCUUCUUCAUCAUGCUCUUCUGCUUGGGUUUGUCAUCUAUGUUUGGAAAUAUGGAAGGUGUGCUCGUACCUUUACAAGAUCUGAAGAUUAUACCCCCCAAAGUGCCUAAGGAACUUGUUACUGGUCUCAUUUGUGCGGGGUCUUACUUGAUAGCUUUUAUUUUUGUGCUGAAGUCUGGUAAUUACUGGCUGGCUCUAUUUGACAGUUUUGCUGGCUCUAUUCCCUUGCUAAUAAUUGCAUUUUUUGAGAUGUUUUCAGUUGUCUACAUCUAUGGAAUAAACAGGUUUAACAAGGAUAUCGAGUUCAUGAUUGGACACAAGCCAAACAUUUUCUGGCAGAUUACCUGGAGAGUUAUUAGUCCUCUCAUUAUGUUAGUUAUCUUCUUCUUUUAUUUUGUGGUGAAAGUCAAUGAAGAACUGCUCUACAGCGUUUGGGAUCCUAGCUAUGAGGAGUUCCCCAAAACAGAGAAGGUUGAAUAUCCCGGUUGGGUGUAUGCUAUUAUUGUAAUCCUCGCUGGAGUGCCAAGUUUGGCCAUCCCUACCUUUGCCAUCUACAAAGCCAUCCGAAAUUUCUGUCAGAAAGAAAAUGAUCGUACAGGGCUUAUAAUCUCCACAUCUGAGACUUCUGUUAAUGGAAACUUAAAGUAUUCAACAUAAAAACAUUUAACAAAACGUAGAAGAAUGC